CAAGAAGUUCGCAGUCUUUGUUAAGCCGGAUGGGAGGUGCCGGCGUCCUAGGGCUGAGGAAGAACGGACCCACCUGAGUGAAGCCUGGCCGCGGAGCCCCAGAGGGAAGGCAGGAAGGAGCACGGGGCUUCUCGCUGUCCCCUGCACAGAGGUCCAAAUUGAGGGGCAGGGAGGGGAGAGCGCAGAAUCUUCAGAACCGGAGAAUUGGUGAUAAUGGAGAGAAAUUUGGCCGAAAUGGCUGAGAAGAGAGCUAUGUCUUCCCAGGAUUUUUUGUAUUCCCAAGAGAAGAGCACAGAAAAGGGAGAAGUGGCAGCCCUGCGCCUCACAGCCAGAUCCCAGGCAUCUGUGACAUUCAAGGAUGUGGCCAUGGACUUUACCCCAGAGGAAUGGGGGAAGCUGGAUCCUUCGCAAAGGGAUGUGAUGCUGGAGAACUAUAGGAACCUGGUCUCACUUUGGCUUCCGGUUUCCAAGCCUGAGAACUACAAUUUGGAGAAUGGAAAGGAACCAUUGAUGUUACAGGCAAAAGUCCCCAAAAGCAGCUAUUCAGACUUGGAGAGUAGACUUGAGAGCAAAGAUUCAACUUCAGUACAAGAUUUUUCCAAAGAAGAAUCAUGCCAGGUUGCAAUAAUAGACAGACUGACAGGGACUAGUGCCUAUGAUACCAACUUGGAAACAACUGUUGAAUGUGAAAAUUUGUUAGAGAACCAUCAUGGAAAUCAAGGGAGACACUUGAGAGAAAUGUUCACCUACAGGAAUUCACUCCCUGAAGAAAGAGCUCAUGAGCAUGAUGUAUGUUGGAAAAACUUAAGUCAGAAGUCUGUCCUUCUCACUCAAGACAGAGUUCCAAAAGGAUACUAUGCCUUUCAUACACUUGAAAAAAGAUUGAAACAGAAAUCAAACUUAAGGAAAAAGCAGAGAACUUAUAAAGAGAAAAAACCUCACAAAUGUAACGAUUGUGGUGAACUCUUCACUUACCAUUCAGUGCUUAUUCGACACCAGAGAGUCCAUACUGGAGAGAAACCCUAUAGCUGCAAUGAAUGUGGGAAAUCUUUUAGCCACAGAGCUAAUUUAACUAAACAUCAGAGAACUCAUACUAGAAUUCUCUUUGAGUGCAGUGAAUGCAAGAAAGCCUUUACAGAAAGCUCAUCCCUUGCAAUACAUCAGAGAAUUCACAUUGGAGAGAGACCUUAUGAGUGUAGUGAAUGUGGGAAAGGAUUUAAUCGAAGUACACAUCUUGUACAGCAUCAGUUGAUUCAUACUGGAGUGAAGCCUUAUGAAUGUAAUGAAUGUGAUAAAGCUUUCAUUCAUUCUUCAGCACUCAUCAAACAUCAAAGAACUCACACUGGAGAGAAACCCUAUAAAUGUCAGGAAUGUGGGAAAGCUUUUAGCCAUUGUUCAUCCCUUACUAAACAUCAGCGAGUUCAUACUGGAGAAAAGCCAUAUGAAUGUAGUGAGUGUGGAAAAACCUUUAGUCAGAGCACACAUCUUGUUCAGCAUCAAAGAAUUCAUACUGGAGAAAAACCCUAUGAGUGUAAUGAAUGUGGAAAAACCUUCAGCCGGAGUUCAAAUUUUGCUAAACAUCAAAGAAUUCAUAUUGGAAAAAAACCAUAUAAAUGUAAUGAAUGUGGGAAAGCCUUUAUUCAUUCAUCAGCUCUUAUUCAACACCAGAGAACUCAUACUGGAGAGAAACCCUAUAGAUGCAGCGAAUGUGGGAAAAGCUUUAAGUGCAGUUCAUCCCUCAUCAGACAUCAAAGAAUUCAUACAGAAGAGCAACCCUGAAAAAUUACUAAAUGUGAAGAAAUGUAACUUGGGUUUGUCACUGUGUUAAAUACAAGAGUGUUUAAGUGGAAGACCCUUAAAAUGCUGCUUAAGGACCAAUUUUGUAUACAUCUGAUUUUACUUGCAUAGUACAUUUUUGAGCCAUAAACAAAAUGUUCCAUAUGUCCAUUGUUUUGAUAAUUAUGAAAGCUACUAGCCAGAGAUCUCAGAUUUUGAUCCUUAACCCCUCCCAAUAUCCUUUUGUGGAUAUUCAAUAAAUCUUUACAAAUGGGUAGCAAUAUAAUCAUUGUAGAGUCCAGUUUCUCCCUCUUUUUCACAUCAUAUCCCUGUUACAGCUUUUUACUUUAUUUU